GGCGUGGACCCUCCCACUCCAGCACAAGAGUGACACGCCAUUUAAUCGCCGUCUGGCCCGACGCUGCUCGGAAACAGGAGGGGAACCGCCGAGCGCCUCCACGUCGAAAGCAGCUCACAUUUGAUAUUGAGAGUAGCCGCCGUCGAAGAAGCAACGCCGAAUCGCGUAGAUAUGGGUAUCCGAAAAAAGAGCACCAAGAGCCCGCCGGUGAUGAGCCACGAGUUCGUUAUCCAGAACCAUGCCGAUAUUGUGUCCUGCGUUGCUAUGGUGUUCCUCCUCGGGCUCAUGUUUGAGGUCACGUCCAAGUUUGCAGUGUUGUUCAUCACUGUGCAGUACAACGUCACCAUCUCAACAAACGGCCCAGAGGAGACGGCCGUCAACCACUUCCACAACGGCAUCAAAGACCUGGCCACCAUCCUUUUCUACAUGUUGGUGGCCAUCAUCAUGCACGCCAUCAUCCAGGAGUACGUUCUGGACAAAAUCAAUCGGAAGAAGCACUUCUCCAAAACCAAACACAGCAAGUUCAACGAGUCGGGCCAGCUCAGCGCUUUCUACAUGUUCUCCUUCGGCUGGGGCGCAAGCAUGCUCUUCUCUGAGAACUUCCUCUCCAAUCCUGGUUCGCUUUGGGAAGGUUACCCCCACAUGCUGAUGCCACUGCAGAUGAAGUUCUAUUACAUCUGCCAGAUUGGCUACUGGCUUCAUACGCUCCCUGAACUCUACUUCCAGAAGACAAAAAAGGAGGACAUUCCGCGCCAGCUGGUGUACAUCUUCCUGUACUUGGUCCACAUCGCCGGUGCCUAUGUCCUCAAUCUGAACCGUCUGGGUCUGGUCCUGAUGGUGCUGCACUAUUUUGUGGAGCUUCUCUUCCACGUUUCCCGCCUCAUCUAUUUCAGCAACGAGAACAGACAAUUGGGCUUCAGAGUGUGGGCCGUCCUGUUCGUCCUCGGGCGUCUCCUCACGCUGUCCCUCUCCGUCCUCACGCUGGGCUUCGGCCUGGCCAACGCAGACAACCAAGGCUUCGAUUUGGCCACGGGAAACUUUAACAUUAUUUUCGUGAGGAUCAGCGUGCUGGCCGGCGUGUGUCUGACACAGGCCUUCAUGAUGUGGAAAUUUAUCAAUUUCCAGCUGCGCCGCUGGAGAGAGCACACCUCAGUGCAGACCCUCAAGAAGAAACAAGGCCCCUCCAAGAGCAAAGCAAAGAAAGAGAGAGCCAACGGCAUCAACGGAGUCAACUCUCACGCCGCAGACUCGCCGAGAUCCCGGAAGGAGAAGUCCUCUUAAGAGACGCUCCCUCCAACUCCUUCCCGCUCGCCUGGGCCCCUUCCCUUGCUUUUCGAGAGGUCUCCGAAGUGGAAGUCUGAUGGAUUUAUGCGUCGUCGGAAAGGCCGCUCCGCUGUGGCAUUUUUUUGGGGGGGGGCGGGGAAGAACCAACUAAUUAUGGAAUAAACUAUUACAAAAAAAAUAUUUAAAAAGUGCCUAUCGAUACAGAUCGUUUUGUACAGGGUGUGUCAUUUUUAAAAUUGUGUCUUUUGAUGCCCCCAAGUCUCUCAUUUCAUCACUGCCCACCAAAAAAAAAAAAAUAAUCUUGUAUUUUUAUGAAUUGUCUCUUUCCAUUCAGUGUCUUAUUCUAACCACUCUAUAGCUUUGGAUCUCCUUUUUGUAGCAAAGCAAAUGACGUCACAGGCCGACAAAGGUGAAACAUGCAAGUAGAUGUUUUUUUGUUUUGUUUUUAUAACCAGAACACCCAAUGGGUGUUAGAUGAGGACUCCCAUUUAAGUAAGGAAGCCAUUAAUAAUAAUGCUGGUGGAGAGAGGAAGCUGUGUUUUGCUGCAUUUCUAUUAUUGCUUAUAAGAAAAAGAGGGCUUUGUUGUAAAAGUGUAGACUGUUUUCCUGUUUUUGACUGUGCCAAAUAAACCAGAUUGACUGUU